GGGCCCGGCGAUCGCGCCGCGGCCGCCGCGAGGCUGUGAGCGCGCGUGGGCGCCCGCCGAACCGGGGCCAUGGUGCAGCAAACUAACAACGCCGAGAACACGGAAGCGCUGCUGGCCGGCGAGAGCUCGGACUCGGGAGCCGGCCUCGAGCUGGGCAUCGCCUCGUCCCCCACGCCCGGCUCCACCGCCUCCACGGGCGGCAAGGCCGACGACCCGAGCUGGUGCAAAACGCCGAGCGGGCACAUCAAGCGGCCCAUGAACGCCUUCAUGGUGUGGUCGCAGAUCGAGCGGCGCAAGAUCAUGGAGCAGUCUCCGGACAUGCACAACGCCGAGAUCUCCAAGCGGCUGGGCAAACGCUGGAAGCUGCUCAAAGACAGCGACAAGAUCCCUUUCAUUCGAGAGGCGGAGCGGCUGCGCCUCAAGCACAUGGCUGACUACCCUGACUACAAGUACCGGCCCAGGAAGAAGGUGAAGUCCGGCAACGCCAACGCCAGUUCUUCAGCCACCACCGCCUCCAAGCCCGGGGAAAAGGGCGACAAGGUCGGUGGCAGCAGCGGGGGAGGCCACGGGGGCGGCGGCGGGAGCAGCAACGCGGGGGGCGGAGGCGGCGGCGCGAGCAGCGGCGGCGCCAACUCCAAACCAGCGCAGAAAAAGAGCUGUGGCUCCAAGGUGGCGGGCGGCGGGGGUGGCAAGCCGCACGCCAAGCUCAUCCUGACGGGCGGCGGCGGCGGGAAAGCGGCAGCCACCUCCUCCUUCGCCGCUGAGCAGGCGGGGGCUGCCGCCCUGCUGCCCCUGGGCGCCGCGGCCGCCGACCACCAUUCGCUGUACAAGGCGCGGACUCCCGGCGCCGCGGCCUCCGCGGCGGCUUCGGCCCCCGCCUCUCUCGCAGCCGCGGGCAAGCCCCCAGCCGAGAAGAAGGUGAAGCGCGUUUACCUGUUCGGCGGCCUGGGCGCGGCGGCGUCGCCCGCAGGCGUGGGCGCGGCCGCCGACCCUAGCGACCCCUUAGGCCUGUACGAGGAGGGGGGCUCCGGGUGCCCGCCCGACGGGCCAAGCCUGAGCGGCCGCAGCAGCGCCGCCUCAUCGCCUGCCGCGGGCGGCUCGCCCGCUGACCACCGCGGCUACCCCAGCCUGCGCGCCGCCUCGCCUGCGCCGUCCAGCGCGCCCUCGCACGCGUCCUCCUCGGCCUCGUCCCACUCUUCCUCUGCCUCGUCCUCCGCGGGCUCCUCGGCCUCCGACGACGAGUUCGAGGACGACCCACUCGACCUGAAUCCCAGCUCAAACUUUGAGAGCAUGUCCCUGGGCAGUUUCAGCUCGUCGUCGGCGCUGGACCGGGAUCUGGACUUCUCCCUGGAGCCGGGUUCGGGCUCGCACUUCGAGUUCCCGGACUACUGCACGCCCGAGGUCAGCGAGAUGAUCUCGGGGGACUGGCUGGAGUCCAGCAUCUCCAACCUGGUCUUCACCUACUAACGGCGCGCGAUGGAGAGGAGGGCCGGGGCGACUGAGGUAGAAAAAAGUGGACAGAGAGAGUAGAAAGAGAAAAGGGGAAAAAAAGGAAAAGGAAAAAAAAAAAAGUAAUGAGGUCGGCUUGCUUGCGUCGCGGUCGCAAAAGAGUGCGCGGCAUUUUGGGGACCCACGCUCCCAUCCCCCCAUCCCCUCUGGGGGACGCGGUGGAGCCGAGGGAGACGGGCGACCUUUUUAUUGUUGUUGUUGAUGUUGUUGUGAUGGCAAAAAAAAAAAAAAAAAGCUCUUUCGAAAGUCCUCCCCUUUGUGUGCAGAGACCCCCCCCUCCUCCCCUUAGGCUUCCGGACUGGUAGGCACCCCAGCGAGAAGCUGAGUUGGGAAUUUUCUGGAGACUAAAGGAAUCUCGUCCCUCUCUCUUCGCCUCUUUAGUGUUUUUAUUUUUAUUUUUUAUUUUUGUUGUUUGGUUUCUUGAUCAAGAGAGGAGGGGGGUAAAAAAAUCCAGCGCGGCCCUGGGGAUUUUGUCCUCAGCACCCCUCCCCCCUCCCCCAAGGAAGACACAAGGCUUGGAGAGGCGAGUUUGACCGACGGCCGAUGUUUUGGGGCCGCGCAGGCUCGAGCGACCGGACUGAGAGACUCCACGCAGGCCAAUGCUCGUCUUUUCCACCCCCCCCCCCUUUCUUUUCUUUUCCUUUUUUUUUUUUUCCUUGCCCCUGCAGCCGGAGUUGUGGAGUGACCCGGGAUCGGAAAUGACCUG